ACUCGCUCUGCGGGAAUCGCGGCGGCAGCGCCCCUCCCUCCCCUCCACGUCACGGGGGCCGCUGGGCGCUCUCCCACCCCCGGCCGAGGGAGAGCAACUCUCCAGCGGGGCGCGCCGCCGCCGAGGUGGCGGCGGAGGACGAGGACGAGGACCGGGAGGAGGUGGGAGCCAGUCGCUGCCGCCGCCGCCGCCGCCGCGGAACCGGGAGUCCGCAGCGCAGCUCGCGGCCCGGCCGGAGCGGCUCCUGCAGCCGCGGGGACCCCGCGCUCGGGGCUCCCCCGCUCCCUUUCAAUGAAGACAUUCAAAUGUUGUUUUAAAUACCACCUACAGCAGAAAGUUUUCAUCCUGUUUCUAACCCUAUGGCUGUUCUCCUUGUUGAAGCUUCUAAAUGUGAAACGACUCCUCUUCCCUGAAAGAGGCAUUUACUUGGUUGAGUACUCCUUAAGUACCUCGCCUUUUGUAAGGAACAGAUACACCCAUGUUAAGAAAGAAAUCGGGUAUGAGAUUAACUGUUCCGGUGUCUACGAACAGGAGCCUUUGGAAAUUGGCAAGAGUCUGGAAAUAAGACGACGAACCAUUAUCGACUUGGAUGAUGACGAUGUCGUGGCAAUGACCAGUGACUGUGACAUUUAUCAGGCCCUACGAGGCUACCAGGAAAAGCUUGUUUCAAGGGAGGAGAGAAGCUUCCCAAUAGCCUAUUCUUUGGUUGUUCACAAAGAUGCAAUUAUGGUUGAAAGGCUAAUCCAUUCUAUAUACAACCAGCACAAUAUUUACUGCAUCCAUUAUGACCGUAAAUCAUCUGAUACCUUCAAAGUUGCCAUGAACAAUUUAGCUAAGUGCUUCUCCAAUAUUUUCAUUGCUUCCAGACUAGAGACUGUGCAAUAUGCACACAUCUCCAGACUCCAGGCUGAUUUAAAUUGCUUGUCAGACCUUCUCAAGUCUUCAGUUCAGUGGAAAUACGUUAUCAACCUGUGUGGGCAGGAUUUUCCUCUGAAGUCAAACUUUGAAUUAGUGUCAGAGUUGAAGAAACUCAAUGGAUCAAAUAUGUUAGAGACGGUGAAACCCCCUAACACUAAGAUGGAAAGAUUCACUUAUCACCAUGAACUCAGACAGGUGCCUUAUGAAUAUGUGAAACUACCAAUGAGGACAAACAUCUCCAAGGGAGCCCCACCUCAUAACAUCGAGAUAUUUGUUGGCAGUGCUUAUUUUGUCUUAAGUCGAGCAUUUGUUACAUAUAUUUUCAACAACUCCCUCGUUAAAGACUUUUUGGCCUGGUCUAAAGAUACGUACUCUCCAGAUGAGCACUUCUGGGCUACCUUAAUUCGGGUACCAGGAAUUCCCGGAGAGAUUUCUAGGACAGCCCAGGAUGUGUCUGACCUACAGAGUAAGACCCGCCUGGUCAAAUGGAAUUAUCUAGAAGGCCUUUUCUAUCCCAGUUGUACUGGCUAUCACCUCCGAAGUGUGUGUAUCUAUGGAGCAGCAGAACUAAGGUGGCUUAUAAAAGAUGGACAUUGGUUUGCUAAUAAAUUUGAUUCUAAGGUGGACCCUGUGUUGAUUAAAUGCUUGGUGGAAAAGCUUGAAGAACAGCAGAGAGAGUGGGUCACUGUAUCUUCAGAAAAGUUAUCUAUGGCUAAAGCCCCCACAACCACAUCAUGAUACAGUCAUGAUGGAAAUAAGGUUAAUAUGGAAUUGCAUGCUCUACCAUGGCCAGUACCAUUUGUGUUUAAGCUCCUCGUAGUCUGAAAGGUGGCUACAGUUCCACGCACAAGGGAAAGUGACCUGGCCUUUAGUGACAAUUAGUCUGUUGUAGGUUGGGUAUUUCUAUGUUUGUUUUCACUUGUAAUCUCGCUGAGCUAAACGGGAGAUUUUAAAUAGUCAGUAAUCUGAUAUCUGUUGAGUUCCUGCUAUAUGUGAGGCACUUUUUUAGAAACAUGUCGGAAUUCAGUCCAAGCUGUAAUGAGUUAUACAGUGCCCUCAAGGAAUGGUGGCUUACCCUGAUCACACAGCACCCUUAAUAUCUUAAGUUCUCCACAAAACAAUCAGGGUUCCACUGAAGAAACUGUGGAGUGUGUGAUAUUUAUAUAACCAUAUUAACCACCAAUUUCAGAGCAGUGUUUAAGUAUAGUGACCAACACUCCACUUACCUCUUAAUUCAGCUCUCUAGACAUUUCUUAACCAUCAGAAUAUUAGAAGGAGCGAUGCUACUACCUCAGAAGAACUCAAAGAAUUGUCCAAUUUCCUGCUUGUCAGAAGCAUACUUUACCUGUGGUACUCGCUUA